AUGGCUACCACUCCUGCUCCCAAUCCCCGUGCCUCGCUCCUUUCUGGUCUCCGCACGGGCGGCGUCCGCUCCUCCUCGAACCCGAUGCAGAACGUCCCCCACACCGCAGCCCCCGGCGGGUCCUUCAACGUCCCGCGCUUCAACGCUGCCGUAUACCCGCCCGAGGAGGAGGAGGACGAGAUCUCCGACAUGGUCGCGCAGAACCUGUACAUCAACCCCGGCAACUAUGUCAACAGGCGCCAGCCUCUCACUGCUGCUGUCGAUGGCCCGAACAACCGCUUUUCGCAGCAGCAGGGCAACAUGCAGAUGAACAACGGAGGCUACCCCAUGAGCGCGACCGGGUUUGGUGUGCAGGGUAUGCAGGCUCAAGCCCAGGCGCAGGCUAUCCAGAUGCAGAUGGUGCAGAUGGAGAUCCUCAGGCUUCAGGCAUUGCAGGCUCAGCAGUAUCAGGCUGAGCUACUCGCUCAGGCGCAGCGCCAGCAGCAGGCCCAGAACGGUCGGCGUGCCAGUGCCAGUUUCAACCCUCCUGCCACUGCCGCCCCGACCACGACCUCGUUCGACUUUCGUUCGGCUGCAUUCAAUGCUCAGAUGCGCCGUGCCACCCAGGGCGACCAGCUCAAGUCUCAGCUCGGUGUCGUCGGCGAAGACCAGGUGCCGAUGACUGCGGCCCUGGGCGGAAAGUUCGGCGGCCGGAUGGCGCCGUUGGGAGCUAGGUACAACGACGAGCAGGAGUUGAGCUUCAACGUCCCCCAGAACACGCCUGCUACGGCGCGUACGACCGUCAUUAGCGGCGGGACGUCGCUAGGAAGUCUUGCUUCAAACAACGUGAACCACGACGGUGCCACUGCCCCCGCACCGUCCAAAUCCGACACCGCGAGCUCUUGGAGACGCGGAGGAAACAACAACUCCGUGUUGAGCGGCAACAGGGUCGCGUCUCUUCCUAACGUGAAAGUCAGCCCCCCGCCGAGCGAGCGCGUCUCCCCUCCUCCCAACGAGAGCACCCAGACCAAGGCUCGUCCCCGGCCUUUGCAGUUCAACAUCGCGGUGCAGCAGCCCCUCCCGGCUGUCCAGAUCGACACCACCGAGGGCAACGAGGCCGAAGACGACACAGCGUCCACCACGUCCUCUCGAUCCGGCGGUGCGGGCUCCCCGCAGUCCUCUUCGCCCUUCACCCCGCCGCACUCUUCCUCCUCCCAUGGCAGCAACCCGCCUCUCUCGCCGCGCGAGGAGGCGGCGAAGAAGCUCUACGAGGGCCUCGGCAUCGGCCGGCCCGCCCCCCAGGGGGCGGCGCCGCAGCAGUCGGUUGUGAGCCACAGGUUGGCCAGCCAGCCGAUGAGGCAGCCCCGCGGGCCGCCGUCGGGCGCUGACGAGCUGGGCCCGAAGAACUUUGCUACCAGGAUCAGAAGGAAGGCCAUCGGCGGGCUCGGGAUGCUCAUGGGCGCGCGGGAGAGGCGCGAGGUCGAAGUCUUUUGA